AUGGCCGACCAGCAGAUUCACCGGGAAGGUUCAGAUACCUCCCUCAAUGCUUCUGUCAAUUCCAACAAUGGCUCAAACUUCACUUCUCCUCGAACCAGCACCGAUUCACGUUCCUCCAACCGCAAUUCCCUCCGCGUGGCGCACAUGCCUCCUGCCAAUCACCAACACCGCCAGAGCUUGAGCGAGACCCUGCGGGGGCCGCCAGGCUCUCCUCGCACUCGCCGCCAGCCUUCUUUGAACCAGUCUGCCCUUCAGAGUCUCAUUGAUAACCCCCCGCCACCAAGAAAUGCCGACCCGGCCUUUGUUGAUCGUGACUGGCGAGAGAUCUCCAUUGAGGAGCUUAUCAGCCCAGAUGAUCUGCGAUUCGUUGAGAUGGAUACAGGCAUUGAAGAGGCUACAAAUCUGUUGAUUGACUCUGGCGCCGCCGUGUUAUUAAUUCGAGAAACUCCAGAAGACAAAUCUGCAGUCGCUACCUUUGACUAUUCGGAUCUGAAUACAUACCUGCUCCUGGCUGCUGGAUUGUCAUUCCCACCAGAGGAGCACCGCGCAUCGUAUGAUGAGAUUGCCAGGAAAGCUCGUGAAGGCCAGAAGAUCCCGAUAAGGGAUGUAAAGCGCCUAGGAGUGGAGAAAGAGCCACUGGUCACGCUGCCAGCUUCAGCGAAUGUGUUGACAGCCGUCGAGACCUUUGGUGGUGGUGUUCAUCGCGUGGUAAUUACCAAGAAGUCCGAUGAUAACGAGGUGGUUGGCAUUUUCAGUCAAUUUAGACUCGUAAAAUUCCUCUGGGAAAACGGUCGCAGCUUCCCCGUUAUUGAACAGCUUUAUCCCCAGGCUCUGCGUGAAUUGCGAAUUGGCUCGCAGAACGUGAUUUCCAUAAAUGGGGACAAGCCUCUCAGUGAAGCUCUUCAAGUCAUGAACAACGAGGGUGUCUCCUCACUUGUCGUGGUAGAUAAUCAUUUCAAUGUCAUCGGCAAUAUCUCUACAACAGAUGUUAAGCUCUUAACACGUUCUUCUUCGCUACCUCUCCUUCAAAACACCUGCAUUCAUUUUAUCUCGGUCAUUUUGUCGACUCGGGGAUUGAUUGAAGGCAAAGACUCCUUCCCUGUGUUCCAUGUGAACCCGUGUUCAACUCUGGCUCAUACAGUUGCAAAAAUUGUUGCGACUCGAUCACAUCGGCUCUGGGUAACCGACCCAGCAUCUCCAUCGUCAUCAGGGCCUCCAACACCUUCUCACUCCGGAGUCCAUAUGCCUCUUCCGACACCGCCACUAGGAGCUGGUCCAGCUUCUCUGCCGGUCAUAUCCCCUCCAGCUUCACCUUUGCCUCAGUCGGCAGUGGCCCCGCCACCUAACGUCCCUGCUCCCCACCUCCCAGCACCACAGCCUCCAUUUUCUCACUCUCCUACAGCCACUCCACCAUUGGCUCCCUCUAUUCCGGCAUCUUCACUACCUGGGGCACGACUGUCUGGACGUUUGGUGGGUGUAGUCAGUCUCACUGAUAUCUUAAACCUACACGCUCGCGCCAGUGGCCUUAGCCCUGCCGACCCGGAUGACUCCCGACGCCGCCGACGCAGCAGUUCAACAUCAAGCAUGAACGUCCGCCAAAGCCCGGACAUUGGCCGGGAGCUUUUCAGCCGCGGUGGACUGUAA